AUGAUCCCUUGUUGUCACCGACGACGAUGUCUUCUUCUCUUACUUCUAGUGGCCUUUUUUGCGCUCGUCAGUCACUUUUGGUUAGGAAGCUAUACCAAUAUUGGCUUGACGGGCGUGUUCCAGGGUGAACCCGCUUCACUGCAAGAUGACGUCGAUCAUCAAGGCCGUUUGAAACAGACCACGAUUCCCAGCGAUGCCCACACCCAUGGUUUUACGGUUUUCGAAGAGCUCUAUCUACGAGACGGGACGCUCUAUAUCAUGACCGACAACCCCGACUCAUUUCCACCUCUGUCGCACAUUCUCUCGCAGCCAGGUCGGAGGGCUGCUGGGGUAUCGUUGACACCUACUGAUAACGAAAUGCAGGUAAUCAACCCAGCAGACGCGGAGGCAAUUCUUGGAGAUCGUGUUCUUCGUUUGAGCGGCUUCACCGUACUCUUGUACGAGCCCGAGCAGUUUAUGAAUCAUUACUACCAUUGGUGGGGAGAAAUCGUUUUAGGUCUAUGGCGGGUCUAUUCUAAACUCGGGACUGGUUUGAAUGGCACAAUCACCCCGCUACCGUUCCCUGCGCGAUUUAUCGCUCCAUUCGUAGAAGAGUCAGGCUGGCGAGAUCCUGCUUCAAUUAACGGGCCCAUCAUGCGUGUUGCCUUUCCAACAACUGCCGUCGAAAACGGUCACUACUGGCAAGACUUGAUCGAGAUUGAGGCUACGGUCGUGUUUAGCAGGGUGAUCGUGGUGAAUCGAGAAUCUGCGCAUUUGCACCCCUUCAGCGGAUUAUGGUACAAAAUGAUAGCAGGCACUAUGAAUGUAACUGUUCCUGAGGGAUUUUGGGAACCCAUUCGACAUUCCGUGCUUAACAACCUGCUGGGGUAUAUUCCAAAGUUCGAUGCUGUUUCAUCAAAGCCAGUCGUCACCUACAUCACAAGACAGCGCCGAACUCUCAUACACUCGCACCAUCGGGCACUUGUGAGGGAGUUGAGAAAGCUGAGAGUCGAGGGGAUUUGCGAAGUGCUUGUUGUGCGGAUGGAAGAGAUGACAUUAAAGCAACAGAUAGAACUUGCAGCAAGGACUACGAUUAUGCUCGGGGUGCACGGAAACGGUCUUACGCAUCAAUUAUGGAUGACACCAUCCACAAAGUCAACUGUCAUUGAGAUAUUUAUACCGACAGGAUAUACUUUCGAUUAUGAACUACUUGCUCGGAAUCUUGGACAUCGUCACUACGGGAUUUGGAACGACACGGCUUUGACCUACCCGAAGGGAACCACACAUAAGGGUGUCAAUUUUCCUCCUGGAUUUCACGGAAAUGAUAUUCCAGUGCAGGCAGAGACCGUAACGAGAAUUAUACGGGAACGUCUUCAGCAGCCUUCAUUAAGUAAUUGA